CAGGACGCCGCCGCCGCCAUGUUGAUGUAGGUGAGGGGCCGGGUGGCGUGUGUUGCGGCGGCGAUGUGCACCGUUUAGCGUUCAGAGCGGCGGGGCUGCGCCGUACUUGUAUCGAAAUGUAUGAUGGUGGUAACUUCUCCGUCACCAUUACCUGAAAGAGCCAUUUAUGGAUUUGUGCUGUUUCUUGCCUCAAAGUUCGCAUUCAUUCUGUAUUUAGUAUGGGCCUACGUUCCAGAAUCGUGGUUGCACUCCGUGGGUCUCACCUAUUGGCCACAGAAGUACUGGGCAGUGGCUUUGCCUAUCUAUCUUCUUGUUGUCAUAGUCAUUGCUUAUAUUUUACUCUGUGGAGUUAACAUGAUGAGCACACCUCCACUUGACUCUGUAGAUACCGUCACAGAUAGUUAUGCAAACAAUCAACAGAGCAAACCAUACGUUAAAGGAGCAAUCCCUGGCCUAAAAGAUGUUUCCAUCAGUGAAGUGAAUCGAAUUUUCUUUCUUUCUACACCCCAUGAGGCAGCUGGUGAUAAGUCGGUUACAUGGCGGUCAUGUGCUGCAAGGAAUAUGGAUGCUUCUGCUGAGAAAGCCAGUGAAACUUCAGACCUCUAAGAUGAAGUGAUAAUACUGUCAUCAACAGGCAUUUAUUCUGUAACUCUGUGAAUUUAAAAAACACCACAUUUUUAGAAAAUAGUUACAUUUUAACUUCUGCUAAUGGGUCAGUAGAUACAUGUGCUAUACUGUAUGACAGUGUGUUUUAAAAGCCAUGUCAUUCUCAGACUGUGGUUUGUACCUAAGUCAAAACUAGACUGUGUUUAUAAGACCAUCAUUUGGGUUAGAGAAUGAUUGACUGGGCUUAUCUGUUUAAUUGCUAUCAGUGACUUGCCAGAAGUUGAACAUACCUUGUUUGAGGUAAUUAGGCAGGUCAGAUUUGUGUUUGAUAUGGAAUUUGCUAUAGCGCAGAAAGUGAGAGAAGUUUGGUGAGGUGGAGGUGUUACUGUGCCAAAUGUGUGUGAGUUCUUGUAGAAUUAAGAGAUAAACCAUGAAAGUUACCUGCAUUCCAAACUGUCUUUUUGUUCAACUUUGCAAUCCUAAUGAUUCUACUCACUGUAAUGCAUGCAAAAUGUUGUAAGAACUCAGCAGGUCAGGCAGCAUCUUUGGAAAUGAAUGAACAGUCAACACUUCAGGCCAAGGCUCUUCUUUAGGACUGGAAAGGAAGCAG